AUGCUGGGGGUACAAGGAGUGGUACAAGAGUUACUGCUCUGUCUGAGGGGAGACAGCAUCCUGGGAACCCAGGAUAAAGACCCGGGCCUUCAUGAAGGCUGCCUGGGGGAGGCAGGGAGAAGGGGGAGGGGGAAACAUCGGGAACGCGAGGUUUUGCGAGGGCGAACGCUGCAAACUCUGCAGGCCCAGGAAAAGAAAAAGCGAGUGUUGAGACCCCGCGGGAGGCGGGCGCCCUCAUACAAGCGCCAGCCACUGGCUCGGGCUGCAGACCCAGGCCUCCGGAGGCCGCACGUGCCGGAGAUCCCCCGGAGGGUAGCCGGGCUGGGCCAGGGCCAGGUCUGCGUGCGGGGGAGGGGCUCGCUGCGGCGCGCGGUCAGCCCUCAGAGGCUCCCUGGGGAAACGCCUCCGAGUCCCUCCCGGCCGGGGCCGGCCGCCCCCACAGCCCGCGCCGCGGCCUCCCCGCCGCCCCAGGACCGGACAGAGCCCCGCCUCCCGCCGGCCCUCCCGCUGCGGGACCCCCAGGGGGCGCAGUCAGCCCGCCCCAGGCCGAGACGUCCGCGCGCUGUGAUCUCGCCCGAGUCUCGCUUGCCUCGGUCCCUGCCCGGGGAGUCGCGGGGCAGGGCCGUGCGGGGUUCCAGGCCGCAGACUCACAAAGAGGCCGCCGCUGGAUUGGCGGACGCAAAAGAAAAGGGCCCUGGGGACGUUCCGCGGCGGCGUCCCACCGGAAGUCCCGCCCCACGCCAGGCCCCACCCACUCCCACGUGGUGUUUUUCCUUCUCCGCCCCCUGGAUGGACACCACGUGUUCCUUCUCCGCUUCCCGGAAGUCCUGCCCACGUCCCCCUCUAGCUCCGGUCUUGGUCCCCGCCUGCCCGCUCCGGCGUGUUGCGUCACUUCCUGCUCGGCCCUUGCCUCGUGUUUAAGGAGACCCCGGCGGCGGCUUUCCGGUCCUUUUCGGUCCGUUCGUCCUAGAGAAGAGGAGCGGGAGACGAGCGAC